AUGCCCAAUGGCGGAUCAGUAUUUCGUGCCAAUAGAGGAGGAAGGUAUAUGGGGUCAGACCAGACUUUGCAAGUUUGGUGUGAUCAGGGCGACACGAAUAAUUAUUCCAAGCUAGUCUCUCUGGACCCUGAUGCCAACCAAACAACAACGCUUUUCUCAAGUUUCUUCAACCGGAACUUCACGUCUAUAAAUGACGUCCGUCAGCACCCGGAGACCGGUGACCUCUGGUUUACCGACGCUACAUACGCCUACUUCAAUGGCUUCCGCCCCAGCCCUCAAAUGCCUACGCAAGUCUAUCGGUAUGAUAUGGACAGUAAAAGUAUCCAGGUUGUAGCAGAUGGCCUUCAACAGCCGAAUGGGAUCGAGUUCUCGCCGGAUUACAAGACGCUGUACGUCUCUGACACAGGCGCUGCUACGACAAGAUUGACUCCUACAGGUCCGGCGACAGUCUACGCCUUUGAUGUCGUCAAUCGGAAAAGGAGCUUGACGAACAAAAGGGUCCUCGCCUACGCUGAUAAUGGAAUCCCCGAUGGAUUACACACAGAUAUCGAGGGAAAUGUUUGGGCGUCCUGUGGCGACGGAGUCCACGCAUGGGACUCUUCGGGAGUUCUGCUGGGAAAGAUUUUCACCAACGACUACACAAGCAACUUUGCUUUCGUCCCAGGAGGGAUGUUCAUCUUCUCUAACAAGCGUCUCUGGGCCAUUGAAAACCUUAUUGCUCUUGGAAGAGAGGUCUGCGACGACUUUGGUUCUCAUGUUGACCGGCGGUGCAACGAGCGAAGGAACUAG